AGAGCCCGGCGAAACCUGGACAACUUUGAAUUUUUCAGGAGCUGAAAAAGCUCAUUUUUAUUGCCCAAUCACCCCUCCUUGACAUGUUAGUUGUGAUGAAUAAAGCUCUCUGACUUGUUUAAUUUUAGAAAAGUGAUGCAUGUCACGUAUUUUAGGGGAAGCAAUGAGUACGUUGGGAGCAUCACGUUCCCCUUAAAAUUUUAAUUUCAGUCAUUCUGAGGCGUUUACUGAAAGCUCGCUCUGUGUAUAAGGUUUAAGCCUUAAGGACAAGGCCUUUGUCUUAUGGGGAUCUUUUCAGGCCCCCCUCAACACUCACCAUCACAUGCAUUACAUAGCUGUUCGGAUGUUUUUAGGAUGAAUAGGUAACUGCACGUCCAAGUGUGCGCCCAUUGCCCAACUAGUGGACUGUUCGGGGAAGCUAGGAAGGAAGUGGAGGAGACCCUGUCCUUUAAUUUACAGCAGAAUGGGUGAAGUUCUGCAGCUCAGGAGUGGACGUGUGGCAUACAGAAGCAGUGCUUGGCCGCGAAUGCGGAAGUGCUCAUGACAGUCAAAUUUUUAGAAGUUAUCAAACCUUUCUGUGCUGUUCUACCAGAAAUUCAGAAACCUGAAAGGAAAAUCCAGUUUAGAGAGAAAGUACUAUGGACUGCUAUAACUCUCUUCAUUUUCUUAGUAUGUUGUCAGAUACCACUAUUUGGAAUCAUGUCAUCAGAUUCUGCAGAUCCUUUCUACUGGAUGAGAGUUAUUCUUGCAUCCAACAGAGGAACUUUAAUGGAAUUGGGUAUCUCCCCAAUUGUAACGUCUGGUUUGAUUAUGCAGUUGUUAGCUGGAGCCAAAAUCAUUGAAGUUGGAGAUACACCCAAAGACAGAGCUUUAUUUAAUGGAGCCCAAAAAUUAUUUGGUAUGAUCAUUACCAUUGGGCAAGCCAUUGUAUAUGUCAUGACAGGCAUGUAUGGGGAUCCUGCUGAAAUGGGUGCUGGAAUCUGCCUCCUUAUCAUUAUUCAGUUGUUUGUUGCUGGUUUGAUUGUGCUGCUGUUAGAUGAGCUGCUACAGAAGGGUUACGGCCUGGGGUCUGGUAUUUCCCUCUUUAUUGCCACCAACAUCUGUGAAACCAUUGUCUGGAAGGCCUUUAGUCCCACUACUAUUAACACUGGCAGAGGUACUGAGUUUGAGGGUGCAGUCAUAGCUCUCUUUCAUUUACUGGCCACCAGGACCGAUAAAGUCCGAGCUUUAAGGGAGGCUUUCUACCGUCAGAACUUGCCUAAUCUCAUGAACCUCAUUGCUACUGUUUUUGUGUUUGCUGUUGUUAUAUAUUUUCAGGGAUUUCGUGUUGACUUGCCCAUCAAGUCAGCUCGGUAUCGAGGACAAUACAGCAGCUACCCCAUCAAGCUCUUCUACACCUCGAACAUCCCCAUUAUUCUUCAGUCAGCAUUGGUGUCAAACCUCUAUGUUAUUUCCCAGAUGCUGUCUGUUCGAUUCAGUGGCAACUUUUUAGUUAAUUUACUAGGACAGUGGGCAGAUGUCAGUGGGGGAGGACCUGCUCGCUCUUACCCAGUUGGAGGCCUUUGUUAUUAUCUUUCUCCUCCUGAGUCUAUGGGUGCCAUAUUUGAGGAUCCUGUCCAUGUGGUUGUUUAUAUCAUCUUUAUGCUGGGAUCAUGUGCAUUCUUUUCUAAGACGUGGAUAGAGGUGUCUGGUUCCUCAGCCAAAGAUGUAGCUAAACAGCUUAAAGAACAGCAAAUGGUAAUGAGGGGCCACAGAGAUACCUCUAUGGUUCAUGAGCUUAAUAGGUAUAUCCCCACCGCAGCUGCAUUCGGCGGUUUGUGUAUUGGCGCCCUGUCAGUGUUGGCUGACUUCUUAGGGGCCAUUGGCUCUGGCACUGGAAUUCUGCUCGCAGUCACGAUUAUUUAUCAGUAUUUUGAAAUAUUUGUUAAGGAACAGGCUGAAGUAGGUGGGAUGGGUGCUUUGUUUUUCUAAAUGUUCCAAUACUUUUGUGUGAAGGGAAAACAUUUUGACACAUUGUUUUUGUCAAAUAAUGCUGACUCUCCAUUUCUCCCCUCAUUUUUUUUUUUUUUUUAAGUGCUAACUGUCCCAUUUCUGAAAUGGGCACCGAGCUAAGCCUGUGUGCAGCAUUAGUACCAGCUGCCUUAAAACUGAAGUUUACAUUAUUCGUUAGAAAACAUACAUGUAGUUUGCCUGUGAUGCUGGAAACCAAUGUACCUGCCUUGCCGUGUUCAGUUUUGACGGUGAGGUAAUGUGGAUCAGUUUUGCACACAUUCAAAACACUCAGUAUUUCCCCCACUUGUUUAAAAAUAAAUAUAGUUCAAAUUGCCACUUUCCAGUAUUUUGGGCUGAUCUAUAUUUUAGAUAUAAUUUUUAUACUUUCUGUGUAGUAUCCAUGUUCCAGCCCUCCCUCUUCAUCCCUUCCCUUUUGUUCCUUCUCAAAGCAGCCACUUAGCCCAGAUGGACAAAGUGAAGCUUCUUAAGCUUCUGUCAUUAGAAAAACUGCUUAUAACUACUGUUCAUGUUUUCCAUUCUUUCUUCCCAGUGACAGCACGGUUGGUGCUGUUUUUGCUGUAUUGGCUAUGCCUGUGAAUUCCAAGUCACUUGAGAAAGCUCUUUCAAGAUACUGUGCCCCAGUUGUGUUUUUCUUUUUUUUAAAUCCCUAAAGCAGAGAUCUAAUUCUCAAGCAAUGUCUGUAGUUCAGUGGGGGUGAACAAUGAGUAAUUCAUGCUAGGAAUCUGUGUAUGUUGUUGUACUUUGUAGCAGCAACAUGAGUGUAAACAGUAGACAAUAAACUUUUAUUUAAUACAACUGUUUCAGUUGUGUUGGAAAAAUAAAAAAAAUCUGAAAUUAAA